GUAAGAAAAUGCGAACUCGAAGUGGUAAAUGCCCCCGGCUCACAUUAGCAUCAAUCAUUUUUCUCGCCUGGUUUACUCUGCAACUUCUCUUCCAGUUCCUACUUUCCCAAUUCACAUCAUCUUCUUUUUCUCCCUGAAUUUUAUUCCCUUUUGUUCUAAAAAUUACAGAAUUUGCCUAUCUGGGAAGCUCCGUUCUCAUGAAAAGUUUGGAAAUUUGGAUCAUUUCGUUUCUGGGAACUAGCAAGCUUCGGUUUUUCAGGUAAAAGUGAUGUGUCUUUGAUUUCGGCUUGUUGAUUUGGGGUUUUCCCUUGAUUGGAGCUGUACUUGUUGCCUUUGUUUUCGAGGGAAAAUAUGACUUUAGAAAGAAGGAAAUCUGGGCGAUUUUUCUCGGAAAGAAGUAUCACUUCUCUUUGCAUGAUAAGUAAUUGGAAUAUUGGUGGAAAGUUGAUUUUUGGUGAUGAUCUGGUUGUCCUAUAAUAUUCUAUAAUCUCUACCCUUCAGAAAAACUGGAAAGAAAGAUUUUGGGGGCUGAUUCAGGAACGUGAAUCAUUGAGUUAGGAUUUAGGAGUUAAUGAUCUUGCUGUCUUAAGGCUUGUUGUUUGAAGCUAAGAGGUACAUCCUUUUCAGUCUAUCUUUUAAGGGAAAUAUUAGUUCUGUGGCUUUACUUCCUAGCAAUUCCAUUUUAUUUUGAAAUGGAUGACACUGAGGAUGAUGCAAAGUAUGCCCCUACCCCAUAUGAUGUAAGUCAUCACCAAGGUUAUGGUUAUUUGAAUGGUCAGAAACUUCCAGUUGGGAGCUCUCGACAUUCGCUGCCAGUUAGAAGUGAAUAUGCUGAAGAUGAUAAUGAUUAUGAGGAAGAAGAUGACGGAGAACAGUUAGGACAGGAAGAAGAUGAUGAUGAUGGUGAUGGUGAUGAUGAAGACAAUGAUCAAGGUAAUGGUAUUCAUGUUCCCCAGAAAGAUGGCCAUGACAAUGGUGAUGAAGAAGAAGAAGAAGAGAAUGGAGAUGGGGAUGAUAGUGACGAUGACUCUGAUGACAAUGAUGAUGAUGAUGAUGAUGAUGAUAAGCAGAAAAGUUACACCAUAAGGAUUGAAGAUGAUUUAGAAUCUCACCCAAAAAAGAGAAAGCUGAAGAGUUUGAUUUCAACUUAUGAAUUUGCACCCCGUGUGCCUGCACCUGCAGUUGCAGCUCCUUCAGCUCCUAAACCAGCAUUUGGUGGUAGAAAUGCCCUUACUGACUGGACUGAGCAUGAGACAUUUGUUCUUCUUGAUGCUUGGGGUGACCGGUUUAUUCAACGUGGAAAAAAAAGUCUUCGGUCUGAGGAAUGGCAAGAAGUUGCAGAAAGGGUAAAAGAAGUUUCAAAAACUGAAAGGACAGAUACGCAGUGUAGGAAUAGACUCGAUACAUUAAAGAAAAAGUACAAAAAGGAGAAGGCCAAAUUAGUAGAAAUGGGUGGUGGAACCUGCAAAUGGGUUUAUUUUAGCAGGAUGGAUAAGCUGUUGUCCUCUCCUCAACAACAAGCUGGUCUAUCUUGUGGUUUGGACUCAGGAGAGUAUGUUUUCUCGAACCCUAGAGUUUACUUGAACCGUGCAAAUGUGUUUGAUGAAAUGAGGGAUAGUCCAGGGAAUUCAGAGUCUACUGGUGAAGAAGAUUCGGUUGGGCUCCACCCAAAGAAAAAAAGUUCUAGAAAGAACAAUGAUGAGACUUCUUCCUUCAAAUUACUUGCUGAUUCCAUUCAGAAAUUCGGUGAGAUAUAUGAGAAAAUUGAAAACAACAAAAGGCAACAGAUGGUGGAACUAGAAAAGAUGAGGAUGGAUUUCCAUAAAGAAUUGGAAAUGCAGAAGAGGCAAAUUUUCGAGAAAGUGCAGAACGAGAUUGCAAAACUGCAGCAGAGAGAUGAGGAGGAGAAUGACGAAUCUGCUGAGAAUGGUAUGUAAUGUAAUGUUUAUACAUUGUUGUUCUGUUUGUUUCGUUGCAUAGUAUGUAGACAGCUAGCUGUUGUACUUGGUAUUAUAUUCUGGGCGUUUUGCCCCUUCAAAUUUAUGAUAAGGCAAGACUUUUGCCAGGAAUGUUACACGGUACAAAGAAUACCGAAAACUGAAUAGUCCAUACUGUAUUUUUAUUGCCAUGUUUAGGUUCAAGUUUAGCCUAGUCUUUUGCUUAUUGCAUAAGUAGUUGCCUGUUUUUGGCUUGUUAUGGGAAGCUUUUGCCACAUUUCAAUCUUAUUUGUACUAAAUAGAUGCUUCUUUUGCAAUCCUUCUGAUUUCCAUUUCCCUUA